GGCGUGGCUGUUGAAAUGAUAAUUGUGGCAGUUACCUGAAAACAACAAGAUUAAAGGACGCUGCUGGCGGCGUCUACUUUAAUCUACAAAAUAGGUAAGUUUUACAUUUUUGUUAUUCUACAAUGCACCUGUUCCUUUGUCGUCAGACAAGGAACAUUGUGUCGACAGAUAUUGACUGCAGUACUGCUCUUCCAUAGAUGUGAAACUCGAUGACAAAAUAUGAAUCAUGAUAGGAUCAUUAUCAUUGUUUAAAUAUUUGACAUUCAAAUAGGGAAAAUUAUACUGUCUUUCUUGCUUUGUGUGAACUUCAAAUCGACCUUCGGUUUGUUUGGUGAAGAGGAUGACAUCACCUUGUCUUGACAAACCCCUAUCAAACAUUACUAUCCACAAAUAAUAUUUUCCCCCAAUUGUUAUGAUUUGAUCAUGCUGUAGACCUAAGGCAUAUAUGAUGUUAUUAGCAUUAAUACUAUUAUUCAUUUAAUAGUUAAAUAAUUCAUAGCAUCUUUAUUACCUAUAUUUUAUAUUGUAUUUAUUUUUAUCUGCCAAUUAUUUUGCCGCUUUCCAUGUUGUCUGUUGUCUGUAGCUUGUGAGGUAUGGAAACACUUUGUUGCUUUUAUGAAUUUUGUCUUGCUGCUUUUUGUUCUAUGUUGCACUGUCUGUAUGCUAUGUCUUGCUUGUCCUAUGUUGCUCUGCGUGUGCUCACUGUUCAAUGAUUGUCCAUAUUGUAAUUGUUUUUAAUAACCUGCCCAGGGACAGCGGUUGAAAAUUAGCCGGCUGGCUAAAACCGAAAUAUUUACUGAAACGUUGAUUAAUGUGUACUGUCCCUGUAAAAAAUAAAAUAAACUCAAACUCCAUAAACUCAAGACUAAUGACAAAUCCAUCCUUUCAUUGGAUUGGCUUGAGACAUUACAUUUGUAAAGACAUUAUGUAACAUUACAAAAUCAAAUGUAUAUUUUAAGAUGACAAAACAAGGAAGCAAUUGUUUUGCGAUGGUAGCCGUUUGGUUGAUUUGAGUAAUGUAAAUCCACCAUUUGCAUUGUGACUAUCUCUCCAACAGGACGUGAGCAGAGGGACAGAACCGCUUAGGGACAGGUGUGCAGAGGGACAGAACAGCUUAGGGACAGGUGAGCAGAGGGACAGAACAGCUUAGGGACAGGUGAGCAGAGGGACAGGUGAGCAGAGGGACAGAACAGCUUUGGGACAGGUGAGCAGAGGGACAGAACAGCUCAGGGACAGGUGAGCAGAGGGACAGAACAGCAGAGCCAGGGGUGUGUUCAACACUAAACUCUCUUGUGUUUCACAUCGAGAUGUCUAGUAAAAACUGACAUGACAUGCAUUAAUGUAGGUCACACACACACAUACGUGUGUUUAUUUUCUGUAUCGCACACACACACACACUGUAUCUUGAAACCUCACUGAGCCCAUCCUGUGCAGUGAAUCCUGAAGAUGACAUCUUUUCAGGAUGAAGAAAGUUUGUGUCCACUGACCUGAAUAAUCUCCCCGGCAACACACUUCUGAUCACAUGACUCAAUAUUUACACAGAAAACAAAAUGGUGGAGCACAGAAGAGAGCGACGCCGUGCCAUUUCCCUCAGGGCUGGACCUAGUGAGGUGGACAACGUCACCCUAUCUGAUGUGAAUCUCAGAAUCCAUGCCUGGGCUGCCCGGGCUACAGGUCGUCAGCUGGCAGAGAUGGGUGACAGACUGGACCGUGAAUGGGCAGAGAGACUCCCUAAUCAGUGGCCUGUGCCACAAACUCUCCAUGUGACAAGUCCUGCCCACGCCCUGACUAGAAGCAUCUACAGGGGGAUACAAGGACAGCUUUGGGGAGUGAAGAGUUUGUCUGGUGUGGCCAAAGCCUGGUUGGCCUCCUCUGUCCACAGGCAGGCUACACAGAGAGCAGAGGCUUGGGUAGCCUGGGUUUCCAGUAUUGAACCUCCUAACUACCCUGGUUGGGCAAAAGCGACGCUUGCCACUGUGGCACUGGUGGCCACGGCAACCAUUUGCACUGCAUUGUGGAAGGAGUAGAAAGGCUAACCGUUGCACUGAGGGGGCCUUGAGCUGGACUUCUAGCUACAAUGUUCUAUGUUGGACAAUUUCCUAGUUGAGUGAGAUUUUUAAACCAUUUUUACUAUAGACUUUAAUUUAAGAAAAAAUAAAUGCAGUGUGUGUUAUUGAUUGAUUGUGCUGGAUCACGGUUUUUAUAGUCUUAUCAACUUAUGCAUGUUUUAAAGACUGUUGCUGGUCUGCAGUAUUUUCUAUGAAGAUUGGGCCUGUUACUGGUUAGACAUUUAAUUGCCACAACUAUCUUAUGUAGCUUAUCACACCAUUAAAUGGAAGCUGUAAAAAUAUUUUUUAAUGACUUGAGGAAAAAAUUAAACUUGAGAAAACCAAA